CAGCGCAAGGAGUUCCUCAUUCAUUCUCCUCCUGUGUUUACGCGCAGCGGCGGGUAUCCCAGGAAAGGAAAAAAUAAAGGAGGACACCAUGGAAACACAAGUGAUGUAAAAUAAUAAUAAUAAUAAAAAAAUCCAGACCGGAUGUUGAUCAGGAGCACCAUGACUGCUUUAAAGGACUAAUGAUUUUGGAUCUUGUCACUAUUUUAUACUUUUACCUGCAUCUAUCCGGGUCAGUCAUUCAUUCUGCGAGCCACUCUGGUCUUGCAUAAACCCACCAGUCAGCCUACUGGGGUUUGCUUCAUUUGAUUUCGAGUCCCGCUGUGAGGAUGGACACCCGGUUGCUGGUUUGGCUCUGCACCAUCGCUGUCCUGUCGGGGACCCGGAGCCCCGCGGCUGCUGCGGGGAGAAGCUGCGCUGACACCCGGCAGGUGUACUCAGAGAAGGGGUACAGCACCAGCACCGCGCCUGUGACUCAGAUCUCCGGUGAGCACCUGCGACUUUGUCCUCAGGAUUAUACCUGCUGCUCCAGUCAGAUGGAGGAGACUCUGUCACUUCAGAGUGAGAGGGACUUCUUGAAAGCCACCGAAGACAACAGCCAAUUCCUCUUGACUACCUUCACACAGAGACACCGCCGGUUUGAUGAGUUCUUCAGGGAGCUUAUAGACCUUUCUGAGAAGUCUAUGAACCAGAUGUUUACCAAGACCUACGGCCGCCUCUUCACUCAGAACACACAUGUCUUCCAGGAGCUGUUCGUGGAGCUUCGGAGAUAUUAUUCCGGGGGCAGUGUGAGUCUGACAGAGGUCUUCUCAGACUUCUGGUCCGGACUUGUGGAGAGAGUCUUCUCAUUGGUCAACCCUCAAUAUCAGUUCAGUGAUGACUACCUGGAGUGUGUCAGCAAACACACUGAGCAGCUACAGCCGUUUGGAGAUGUUCCUCGCAAACUUCGAGUGCAGGUGUCCAGAGCUUUCAUAGCUGCUAGAGCUCUAUCUCAGGGCCUAGCUUUUGGUCGGGAUAUGGUAAAUACGGCCACAAAGUUGACAGCAGAUUCAGAGUGUGUGCGUGGCCUUAUGCGUCAGUGGUACUGCCCCCUGUGUCGAGGCUUGCCCUUUCUCCGGCCCUGCCACUCGCUGUGCCUUAACGUGAUGAAGGGAUGCUUAGCCAAUCAGGCAGAGCUGGACACAGAGUGGAACAAUUUCAUAGAUGCUCUUUAUGUGGUAUCUGAGAAGCUGGAGGGGCCAUUUAACUUUGAGCUUGCAGCCGACUCCAUUUCUGUAAAAGUCUCUGAGGCCAUUAUGCACAUGCAGGAGAACAGUGUGAGCAUCUCCAGAAAGGUCUUCCAAGGCUGUGGGAAUCCAUCUCCAGCAAGGAACAAACGUUCUCCCAGCGAGUCAGGAGGGAACAGGAAGCCCUUUCGCACCUACACCCCCGAGGAGAAACCCACCACAGCUGCAGGCACCAACCUGGACCGGCUGGUUACUGAGCUGAAGGAGCGACUGAGGCCUAUGCGAGGCUUCUGGGUGUCCCUCCCACACACCAUCUGCAACGAUGAGAGGAUGGCUGCCGACGUCACUAAUGAGGACCGCUGCUGGAACGGGCAGACCCGGGGGAGGUACCUGCCGGAUGUUACAGGCAACGGACUCGCCAGCCAAAUAAACAACCCAGAGGUGGAGGUGGACAUUGCCCGUCCAGAUGUGAAGGUCAAACAGCUAAUCGUGGAUCUGAAGGUGGUGACCAACAAACUGAAGCAUGCUGAACGCGGACAGGAUAUAAAUUUCAUAGACAGUGAGGAGGGCAGUGGCUCAGGGGGUGGAGAUCAUGAUGAAAGGUACAGUGAUGAUUGGCCAGGUUAUGGCCCUCACUCUCCUCCGUACAGCAAAACCCCACGUAACCCCGUCUCCAAUCCGGCAAAGCCUACGCGAGGCCGGGAGAGAAACGGGUCCAAGUGGAGCAGAAACCAUGGCCAGGGGCGCAUCAAAGCCUCUGCCACCUCUCCUCAUCUGCACAUUUCCUCCCUUGUUCCCUUGUUGUCCUUGCAGUUUGUGAUCAUGGUUUCCCCCUUGUGGAGAUAGCUGGUUAUUGCAAUCUGGAGGUAUCGUGGGGAGUUUUCUGUCAUGCUGCCGUCUUAAGCACAUUCUGAAGAUUUUAAAAAAGCAAUUCCAUUGCAAGGACAAACCCAGGCUAAAUUAGCAAUAAAGAAAACACUGUUUUUUACACUACACUGAAGAAAUCAGAAUGAAAUUCUCUCUCCCCAAUUAUCAAAAGCAAACAUUCCCCAAUUUUGAGGUAAAAAAAACAAACAAGACAAGUAGAGCUAUGUUUUAAGUGCCACUUGUGAGAUUUUGACCUAUUGGAGUUUGUUACUGAAUGGUGUACUUUUUUGAUGAAAGUUGAAAGAGAUUUUUGUAUUAUUAUUUCACAUCAAGUGAAUUAGCACAUUUUAUGAGUGUUUGAGACAGUGAAUAGUCUCAUCUGUGAAGUAGAGGUUAGUGGUCCCAAUUAUUAUUAUUAUGUUUCAGCAAAAAGUUAAUUCAGACCAAGGACAUCUGUUUGCUACUUGCUUUUCCUUGAUUGACUUUGAGCCUGUUACUUUUUUUUUUGUCUUGUCUAGGAGAGGUCUUUAACUUACAUGUCCAACUUGAUCCUAGAAAUAAAAACAAACACUUUACUCUGAUAACCAAACCAGGGGCUGAGUUUGAAUGUAAAGUAUUAAAAAUUUUUUUUAACUUAUUUGUAAAAUGUUUUGUUGAUAUACAUGAGUUUGAAGGCACUGAUUUGUGUAACUGGAAAAAAAGAGAACAGUAAAGGUGCAUUUAUAAUCAUGAUCUUAGAAUAUAGUCACCAUACUAUUGUAAAACAGUUUCCAUUAUUUGAAGUAUUCUUCUAUGGUUUAGUCAGAUCUAAACAAAUAUGAUGAUCCCAUCUUAUGAGUGACUUUUUCUGGCUGUUUGGAAAUUUUUCUACUUUCUUCUUCCAAAAAUAACAAAGAACGAUCUUUAACUCUAACGUGAUUUUGAGUUAUUAGAAAAAACCCAAAACAGUUGGUUUCAAAGAAAACAUGUUUGAAUGAUAUUCAGAAAGCUUGCCGUUUGACACUGUGGACAAAAAGCUUAACUUGUGGGAGAUUAUUGAAUAAUAAUUUUCUGAUUGUGUUGUAUUGCUUGGCUAUCAAAUUGUUGCAAAAAUUACAUACUGUAUGUUGAGUCAGUACAUAUAAUGGAUGUGCAUGGUAUUAAGUUGUAAAUGCGGUGCACCAUAUUUACCAACUGAAAAUUUGGAUUUUAAUUUGCUGCCAACAAACUCUAGAUGUUUCUAUGUUUUUGAAUUUUAUUUUGAGGUAAAACUACUAAUCAGCUGUUUGCUCAUUUAAAGACUCAUGCACUAAGAACAUUUCCCAAAAUGUCAACACAAAGUUACUGAAGUCUGUUGGUUGGUCUUUUGAAGAGAAAAGAGGCACUGAGACUCGAAAAGAAUGUAAAAUGCUGCAAACGGACACUGGAAAAUCUGGUUUUGACAGAAAAAGAAAUGCUCCAUUAUACAAAACAGCCACUGUAGUAAAAAAAAAAAAAAUCAAGCAUUUAUUUGCUCUGCUUUAAAAAUGUUCAUUCUGAGCUAAACUUUUUCAUCGAAUAACACCAGCAAGCCAGAAGUUAUUGUCAGUUCAGAAAAAAAGCCUUCCAGUAGAAACAGGGGCAUUCAUCUGCAUUGUUUCACCACACACAGUAUUAAAUUACAAAACAAAUGAAUGAAAGUGUUUUAAUUAUGUGCUUUUGAUGAUCAGCAGUGGCAGCAUCCGUUGUAUAUGUUAAACUUCAGGAACUCUUUCUCUGAUAACUUCUGCAAACAUUCCUGUCAAGGUGAAAAUAUGGCACAACUUUUUUUCAUGUUGUAACUGUUUUUUGGUAUCAAACCAGUGAUAUUUUCAGCUUCAAUAAAAACCUGAAGGAAAA